AUGGCUGGAGGCAACGCGUUGGAGGAGCCGGAGGUGGACGCCGGAUUCGAGUUCGCCUUCGACAACGAUGCUUUCUCCGACAAGUUGCUGCGGAUAGAGGUCUUCGGCAGUGAUAAUGAGAAAUCUAGUGACUCUUCUCGUAUAUUGAUGGGUACACCGAUUUUACGGGUCAAUACUGUAAAUGUCAAUUCGGCGAUACUUGCUGCAAAAAGUCCUUUCUUUUUCAAGCUUUUCUCAAAUGGCAUGAAAGAGUCUGAUCAGAGACAGACAACACUUAGAAUUAAUGAUUCAGAGGAAAAUGCAUUCAUGGAGGUUAUUCGCUUUAUGUACAGUGGAAAGUUGACACCAACAACUGAGCCCACUCUUCUGGUUGAUAUCUUGAUGGCUGCUGACAAAUUUGAGGUCGUUUCUUGCAUGAAGCUUUGCGGUCAGCGUCUCAUGGGCCUGCCUAUGACCCCACAAUCUGCAGUCUCGUGCUUGGAUCUUGCAUGUUCUGUUUCAAUGCCAGCUGCCCUGGCAGAGGCCGCCAAGAAAUUCCUUGCUGAAAGAUACAAGGAAUUCCUCUCAACAAAGUUCCAAGAUGAACUGAUGAGGAUCCCUCUAGCUGGUAUUGUAGCCAUCUUAUCGAGGAAUCACCUCGUGGUCGCAUCUGAAGAAGCUGUCUACGACUUUGUGCUCAGGUGGGCUGAUUGCCAGUACCCAAAUUCAGAAGAAAGACGCAAGAUCUUGGGCUCACGUUUACUCCCACUAGUGCCAAUAAUGCGUGCCAUGAAAAAUGUGAUUACAAUUAAUCAGCCCAGCUAUAAACUUUACAUCAAUCUAGAACGUGAGCGAUGCUCCAGGCUCUUCCUGUCAGGAUCAGAAUACUGCCGGCAGUUCCGUUUCAUGGGGCAUCUCUUUGUCCUCUCGGCGCACUGCAACAUGGACUCGUCCAACUCUUUUGGCCUCUUAUUAGAGAUGCCUGUAGAAGACAAGGAGCUAGUGAGGGGGACAAUAGAUUAUAAGUUUGAGGCAAAGACAAGACUGACUCUGGAGUUUGACACAAAGUACGAGAGCACCUGCACCAUCGGUAGUAGAGAGGAUGUUCGAUGCAAGGAUCUCUUUAGUGUUCCUUGGACAAACUUCAUUGCUGAUGACAGUCCCUUCUUCAUCGACGACAUACUCCAUCUGCGAAUUCACCUGAAGAUAGUGUAUUAG